CGGACGCAGCGAGGGAGGGGGCACGCGGCGGUGUGCGCGGACGCCAGUACCCAGCGGCUCCCGGCCUGGUGGAGGGUGAGGCUGCGCGGCCCGGUUGCAGGCUGCAGGUCUCAGCUGGAGCAUUUCACUGGGGGAGCUGCUCUGGCCUCCGACGUCACCUGUGCUGCGAGCUUCACUUCCUGCCACUCCCUGCGCUGGGCCUGGCACACCCGAGAGUGUAUGGUACCCGCCGGCUCGUUUGCUCUCUGGUUGUCCACACUAAGGUGAACCUGAUCAACAUGGUGCUGCUGCGCCCGGCCCUCCCCAGCUACCUUCUGCUGGCCUUGUUCACCUGCAGCGCUGCUCCCCAGGAGCUACUGGGCUCUGCAGUGCAGCCACCAAUCAGUGCUGCCUCUUUCCUGGACGAUCUCAUGCAACAGUAUGGCGAGGGGGGCAGCCUUACCCUGCCACAGCUGAAGGCCCUGCUCAAUCACCUGGAUGUGGGAGUGGGCCGCGAUAACGUCACACAGCAUGCACAGGAACAUAGGAACCUCUCCAUGUGCUUUAGUUCUCAAGAGCUCUUCGCUGCCCACAACUUCAACAAUGAGUCAAGGAUUGGGAGGGCUGAGUUCCAGGAAUUCUGCCCCACCGUCCUACAGCAGCUGAACUCCCGGGCCUGCUCAGCUGAGAACCAAGAGAACGAGGAGAAUGAGCAGACGGAGGAGGGGAAGCCGAGUGCCCUGGAAGUGUGGGGCUUUGGUUUCCUCAGUGUCUCGCUGAUUAACCUGGCCUCUCUCCUGGGAGUCCUCGUCUUGCCGUGCACGGAGCGUGCGUUUUUCCACCGGGUGCUCACUUACUUCAUCGCCCUGUCAAUUGGAACGCUGCUCUCUAACGCACUCUUCCAGCUCAUCCCAGAGGCUUUUGGUUUCAAUCCUCUGGAAGAUGAUUAUGUUCACAAGUCUGCAGUGGUGUUUGGGGGCUUCUACCUUUUCUUUUUUACAGAGAAGAUCUUGAAGAUGCUUCUUAAGCCAAAAAACGAGCACCAUCACGGACAUAACCACUUUGCUUCGGAGACGCUUCCUUCCAAGAAGGACCAGGAGGAGGGUGUGACAGAGAAGCUGCAGAAUGGGGACCUAGACCACAUGAUUCCUCAGGCCUGCAACAGUGAGCUAGACAGCAGGACCCCCAGCAUGGACGAGAAGGUCAUUGUGGGUUCGCUGUCCAUUCAGGACCUGCAGGCCUCACGGAGUGCCUGCUACUGGCUGAAAGGUGUGCGCUACUCUGACAUUGGCACCCUGGCCUGGAUGAUCACCCUGAGUGAUGGGCUGCAUAAUUUCAUCGACGGCUUGGCCAUUGGUGCCUCCUUCACAGUGUCUGUUUUCCAAGGGAUCAGCACCUCGGUGGCCAUCCUGUGCGAGGAGUUCCCACAUGAGCUGGGCGACUUCGUCAUCCUGCUCAAUGCUGGGAUGAGUAUCCAGCAGGCCUUGUUCUUCAACUUCCUCUCUGCCUGCUGCUGCUACGUGGGCCUGGCCUUUGGCAUCCUGGCAGGCAGCCACUUCUCCCCCAACUGGAUUUUUGCUCUGGCUGGAGGCAUGUUCCUGUAUAUCUCACUGGCUGAUAUGUUCCCUGAGAUGAAUGAGGUCAGCCAGGAAGAUGAGAGGAGCGGCAGCAUGCUGGUGCCCUUCGUCAUCCAGAACCUGGGCCUCCUGACGGGCUUCACCAUCAUGCUGCUCCUCACCAUGUACUCGGGGCAGAUCCAGAUUGGGUAGGGCCCUGCAGGGCCGCCGACGUCGCAAGGCACGUGCUGGCUGCCCGGGCCUGCCGGGGACUUGCCUUGCGUGUGGCACACAAGGAGCAGUGCUGUAAGCUGCCGGUGGACUGUUGCCUGCGUGCGGAUAUUGGCUGUGUCCCGGAACACGGGCCGUGCGGUAGCCAUUCUCUAGAUAGUGCCUCGCCCCCUCCCUGCCCCUUCCUCACAGUCAUGCUGGAACCCGCGAGUUGCACGCAGGACAAGCCUCUCUCCUUGCUCUCUGGUUCCUCUGAUCUCUCUUGGAAGCAACACCAUGAGAUCUGGCAUCCUGGACCCUGCAGUGUUCAAAUAGCGGCUGUCAGAGCCUGGGUGGAAGCAUCAGAGGUGAAUCCUGGGCGCUCACGAACGGAACUGCGUCCUGGACCUCACACUGCCCUUUUUGGUUUGGGUCACCUGCUCUUCAAAGAAAGGGCAGGAGACGGGAUCCCUCCCGCCUGUUUUCAGAAUCUGUUCAGUUCCUACUGAAUUCAGAGAACUAAGACUCAGAGCAGGUGAGUAGGGCAGGACUGCAGGGCCCGUCCCGAGUGACAGGGAAGUAAGGCCAGGGAUGGGACCAGUGUCAGUGCUCACCCGGCUGCACUGGGAUGCUGGACACUGGUCUCAUCCAACCCUGCUGUGUCCUGGCCAUUUGGCUGGGCCAACACAGUGUGCAGCUGCCCUGGCCUCCUCCUUUUUCCUGCUAACACUGACAGUCUGGAGGGGCAGGAACCCCGCAGAUAAGAAGAAGUAAUUGGUUUUACUGAUUCCCAGCUCCCUUCUAAGAGAUCUUUUAGCUGCCUCUAUUGAAGCACAUUUUGAGCACAUUUCAGAUGUUUAUGUGUCAGGCCUAGUUCCAUACCCCUGUAACCCCAGUACUGGGGAGGUUGAGGCAGGAGGAUUGCUUUGAGUUUGAGGCCAGCCUGGGCUACAU